CCAAAAUAGUGUAUGUAUUUUGUAAGACAAGUAUUUUCAUAUUUUAUAAUUUAUCUGGAUUUUUUAGGGACCUUUUCGUUUUUCAUUUUUUAAAUCAAUUUGAGCGAGAAUUUUCUUAAUGGACAUGGAUGGGGCGUUUAAUGUAGUGAUGAACAAGAAGUCAAAAUACAAAAAUCAGGACUAUGAUUCUAUUAAAAGAUCUUGUAUACAGAAAGGAGAAAAUUUUACUGACCCUGAAUUCUCUCCAAACAGUAAAUCAAUAUUCUUUAGUCGAAGUGACGAUGAUAUUAAAUGGAUAAGGCCAGGUGAAUUAUGCAGAUAUCCAAAGCUCAUAGAGGCCUUCAGUGCUUUUGAUUUACAUGAAGGCGAAUUGGGAAACACAUGGUUUGUAACAGCUAUUGGAACUCUGAUAUUGUACCGGGACAUUGUUGAAAAGGUUAUUCCAAAUCUCAAGAAACAGGAAUGGAAAGGAGCUUUGGACAAAUCGGAUUACACAGGAGUGUUCCAGUUCCGUUUUUGGAGGUUUGGAGAAACUAUUACCAUUGUAGUCGAUGACCAGCUUCCAACGAAGAAUAACAAGUUAUUAUUCUGUCAUUCAAGAACUCGUGAAGUUUUCUGGUGUUCAUUGCUUGAGAAAGCUUAUGCUAAGCUCUUUGGAGAUUACGAAUCUUUAACAGACGGUGAUGCAAUAGAUGCACUGGUUGACUUUACAGGCGGUUUUGGUGAAAAAAUAAAUCUACUUCAUCCCAAUAUUGACCUUAAAGACGAAAGUAUACGUGGAUCAAUGUUUGGAAAACUAAAAGAAGCCAUGGAAAAUAAAUCACUUAUUAUAUGCUAUAUUCUGGUUAAACCGGGUGACAAGCGUGGAAAAGAAUUACCCCAAGGCUUCGUUCUCGGGCAUGGCUACACCGUCACUGAUGUCAAACAACUGAAAAUAGAACGAGGAAAAAGAACAAGUAACUUAUCAAUGAUUAAAAUGGCAAAUCCUUGGGGAACGAUGGAAUGGAAUGGUCCAUGGUCCGAAAAAUCGAGUGAAAUGCAAAAGAUGGAUCCAUUACUAAAGCCUGAGCUAGAAUUUUCUAAAGACAAAGGAGAAUUUUGGAUGGCGUUUGAAGAUUUUGUAAACUAUUUCACAAAUGUUGACAUAUGCCAUUUACUGCAACCAUCGAACGAAAAUAUACUGCAUUCCGAGUGGACUUUAACUGGUCGUUCUGGCGGCUGUGACUUUGAAUCACCGCUAUUUCUUAGCAACCCGCAGUUUCUUUUUGACAUUAAAGAAGAGGAAGACACACUACGAGUUUCCUUAGAACAGCAUGACAUUCGACUAAAAAAAUCGCACACGGGAAGAACGUUAAAUACAAUUGGAUACGCAAUUAUGAAGGUCGAAGAGAACAGAAUAUAUAGAUUGCAUAUACCGGUCAAAGUGUGUGAAACAUCCGAGAUGGUGAAAUCUAGGAGCGUAUUCGGAACAUGUACGUUGCCCAAGGGCAGAUAUGUAAUAAUACCAUGCACAAAAGAUCCAAAGGAACAUGGUCAUUUUUUGUUGCGACUAUAUAACAACAGUAAAGGAAGUGUAAGGGAACUCACACAAGACGGACCUACAACAACAUGUCCGUGUUUUAGCAUGCCUGUGAUGGUAACAACACUUACUGUGUUGAAGAUAGAAAAAAUAACAAAACCAAUAGAAUCAAAGGACAAAGACUUUAAUCCCAAAAUUGUGGUACAAUGCGAAGGUGAGAAGGUUGUAUCAUUAAUUCCAUUUGAGCAGAAUGUGAAAAAUGAAUGUGAAGCUGUGUUGGACUUAAAAGUUACAUUCUAUCGAAAGAAUCCCAAUGUUCCAAUAAUUAUAGAGAUAUUCAAUAACAAUACAAUAAUUGACGAUUUUUGUUGCCAAGCAAGAGUAACAGAUACUGGCGAAGAGGAAGGAAAAGAAAAGUGCUACAAUGUGUUUGGAAGAGGGAAAGAGAAGUAUGCAGAAAGAUCGGGACUCAUUCAUGUUUUUAUUCGAUCAAGUCACGAUUUAAAGUUGUUGUAACUUCUCGUAUUUGUUUCUCAGUUUCAAUUGUAUGUAUUACAAAACAUCUUUGAACCGUACAUUCACUGCUGAGAUGCUGGUUCUUUUUAAUCUAUACAUGUAUAAAUAUAUAUAUAUUAGAAUGCCUUUUGAAUACAUUAUUAUUACUAAGA